AUUUUAAGUAAACUAUUUUUAUGGAUAUUUCAUGGGAUUAGCUGAGUCAAAGGUUUCUACAUUUGUAUCCUCAACAUCCACAUCUGAAUAUAAUAAAUCUGUUGAAGAGGAAUCUCAAGAACUAUUUCUCAAAAAUGGUGAAAUCUGUGAAACAGAAUCAGUCGACAGAAAAUUCAAUGAUAUAUGUAAUGAUACUCAGGGUAAUAAUUCAAUGAAGAAGCAGACUAUUUCAUGGAAAACAGUUGGCGCUACUAACAAACCAAGUAAAACGUACUAUUUGGUCGAUGAUUCUUUUGAGUGUACACCACCGUCAUCAUCGAAGAAUAACUCCAAAGUUUUCAGUGACAACAGUCAUAAUAAUCAACCCAAAAAACAACUACCUAUCAGUCAGUUAGUAAAACAACCUCUUGUGUCAAAAAUCUCGCUUACUGAUACUAACACUUAUAAUAUGGAUCUAAGCAAUAACAAAUGUCAAGCCUUAACAAAAAAUUUAACGAAAACUCCUCACUGCUCACAAACGUUCUCAGCAAACAAUACAAAGGACGAAGGAUGGGACUAUUCAACGUUCAGCCUUAUCAAAAAAAUAAUUUCCGUAAAUAAGAUGUUGCAUUUUCAAACUGUAUUUUGGGUACAACUUUUAAUUAUCAGCCUAUUCUACACUCACAAAGUAAUCAUAUCAAUGCCAAUAGCUGAGGAAUUGAGUAUUGAGUGUACAAUUCAAUGUGGAGUCGAAGCUGAUAAAUGUCAGAAAGCACAUGCAACAACACAACCACUAAUUGAAGCAUGUGUACAAAAAAUGUUUGAAUGUGUCAAACACUGUACUGGACCACCACCUGUUGAAGAUUAUUAUUAUUACUAAUCGAACAAACCACCAGUUGAUUUAUCGGUAGUAUGUGCUCAUUUUAUGAAGGUCUCAUAAUUCAGUAAAACAAAAGUAUGGGAAAUAUAUUACAGUAAGAAAAUGUUUGUUAUCUAUUUUAAGUAUUAAAAAUUAUCAAUAAACUUCUAUGUCAAGUU